GGUUGAUUCUCUCCCCCCCCCCCUCGACAGUGAAUUUUGUCGUUCUGAAUUUCUUGUCCCUGUUAAAUUUUGCGGGCGAAAAAAUCGUUUACGAGGAUUUCAAGCGGUCCCUUUUCAUGUCUUCUAUGCUCUGGCCAGUGCGUGAGUGCGUGUUCGAAAUGAGUUACAUUCUCGAUGUAAUAGCUAUACCAUUGUGAUGUUAAAAGGAACGAAAACUACACUUUUCAAUACGUCCCUGCCAAAUAAGGGAUUUUCUUCCUGCUUUAUACGGCUUGUACGGCCCAGUCGUCAGUAAAAACGGGAUUAAGAUAGAGAAAAACGUAGACAUUGGACCAUGGGAUUCUAGUACGUCAGCGACGGGAACCGGCAGGAAGAUACCAUAAUAUUGGUUAUUUUUCUAUGCACCUUAUGGUACAAAACAAUUUCGAUUAAACGUCAAAAUGGUUACCCUUUGUGGCUAGUAGAAUUUAAAGUGGUGUGGGAUGGCGGAAGUAUAAAAGCUCCGGAAAACGUGUGGCGGAUUUGUGAUCCUUUUUCAUAGAUCUCUUUAUACGUGUAAUACUUUACACGCACAUUAGAAAAGAUUACGCUUGGACCCCUUAAUGUUAGGAUCGCCCGGAAUAUUUCAGUCUAUCCGAAGGACAAAAUAAGGCAGUAACGGGUAGUAGAUUCUGCCAGUCUGCUGGAAAGCUGCUUUUACCGAUUGCUUUGGCUGUGCCGUGCUUUCAGCAAUGACCGAUCCCGCAUCGAUAUUGUCUGCUUUAGAGGCGCUUCUUGAAGAAUUCUUCUCACCGUCCUGUUCCAAUGAAAGAAAGCGCAUCAUUGAGGAGCAGUUAAAUAACUUCUCGCGACAAAGCAAUGCUUGUCAGCUCUGCGUGGCAUUCCUUCAUCAGACGCACAAUGGAUACGUACUGAUGUUUUGCGUCAAUCUCGUCGAAGGUGUAGUUCAGCGUUCAUGGCUACGUAUGAUGUCUGACGAGAAGUCGCAGGUGCGUAAGAAUGUCUCCGAACUUCUCGUUCGAUCUAUUACUGGAACUUCAUCAUCGCUGGCGGUAGGAGCGGUCAGUGGGGGACCUACAACUGGCGGACUUCCAGCGUUGCCAGUUUUCGUUCGAAACAAACUUUGCAAGCUGAUGGUGGACAUUGGUCGCUUUGACUGGCCACACUUCUAUCCAGACUUCUUUAACUACAUUUUCCAGAUGAUUCAAAGCCCACCAACGCGUCUGAUUGGCAUUAUCAUGCUUCGAACCGCGUCGGAAGAAUUCGCAUCACCAAAGGAUGAUCUCUGUGCUUCACGGAAAAAAGAAUUGCGACAUUUGCUCAACAAUAUUGUACCUCAGAUGCUCACUGCAGUAACAGGGGUGCUAGAUGGAAUUUUGGUGUCUUGUCAGCGAACGUCGUCAACACCGCCUUCGUCCCCAUUGCACCAUUCCCAGCAGCAAACCCAACAGCAAAACGGCAUCUCAGGAAUACGAGAUUCUGUCGAAGGUUUUCAGUUUUCGACUGGAAGACUGUUAAAUCCACAUCAACCACUAGAUCCUGAGUCGCGGGAAAUAGCGCUCGCCUGUCUUGCCACGCUCGAACACCUAACGAGUUGGGUAUCAGUCGGCAGCAACUUCGGGCCGUCGAUGCUCCGCACGCUGUUUGCAUUCAUUGCGCUCGGCUGUGGGGACCGUGGCGACCUCAAUGCAGAAGUGGCUAUAGCGGCGAUUGGAGUAGUAAACGAACUUACCUAUAAAAAGUGUUUCACGCAAAAAGAUACGCAAGCCUGUCUUGCUAUCGUUUUCCAGGACACAUUGGAAACGCUACAAUUGGUGACAUCGGGAAAUGUCGACUGUUCAUCAACUUCGCUACGACUCCAAAGUCUCAAUGAGUGCCUUGUGGGAAAACUAGCCGAGUUAAUUCAUAUCCUUCUUGAUAACCAUUUAGCGAGGUUUCCUGAUGAGCAACCUUGCGAGGACGCUAUUCAGCACUUUCUUCAAUUGGCACAGGUGUUCACUUUUGGAAUCGGAUCGCCGGUGAGGUACCAAAGCUCCUUGGAUACAUGGCUUUCGUUUCUUGAACUGGUAGAAAGCUCAAGAAAAGCCACGAAAUUCAAACAUCUUUUGGCAAAAAUAUUACAUGAGACGUUGGAUAAAUUGAUGUCAGAACGCCACCGAGCCCUUCUAGAAAUCCCUUGGGGACCAUCAAGUUCGAAUAAGGAAGAUUCAGAGUGGGAAGCAUAUCUUUCAAAAAGUCUACAAAUUGUGACCAAGAUCUCCGACAUUGAAUUGGAGGAGACGUGCGGGCAGAUUUUACCUGUUUGGGAACGAGCAGUGGUGUCUUUCGAAGCGGGGAAUUGUUCUCCAGCCUCGUUACGUGAUUUGGCCAGUUUUAGUAGAACGGUUGGUUGCCUUUCGGCAGCUUUGGGUGCUCCUGCCCUCAAGGACACGAAUCAUGUAGCGCAGGUUUCUGUAAAAUUAGUGGACGAUUUCAUACGUGUAAUUCGUCGGGCCGAAGCAAUUUUGGCGCAUCACCAACACCAGACGACUCGGGAAGAGCACCGGGUCCUUGUAGAAGCACUUGUUCAAGUAGAAUGCGAGUGCUUAGCGAGCAUCCAGUCAUUUAUUUAUCUGCUCAGUGGAACUCCACUACAGCAUCAAGGGACGUUGCCCCAUGCCGCACCCGGUACCCGAGAAAGGACAGCCACGAGCAUUGCUGAAUUAGCACUUGAGGUAUUAGUAAACUGCCGUGUUUACGGUGGUCUAGCGUCGGGCGCUGCAGCUGCCGGAGUUCUAGUUAGUUUGACGGCAGCGUUUCGGUUUUCUCGACUAGUACAAGAUCUCAUUCCCAAUAUUGUUCCCGUCCUCUCGAGCUCGUUAGUAUGGGCGUUGCCAACAACGCUGCCGGAGGCCAACAACUCUUUUGAACUGCUCGUACCUACAAGGUGUGCGUUAGCCAUUCAAAACAUCUGCCUGCUGUCGUGGUCCGAUUCAAACCUUCCGGCGGGCACCGUCGAGCAGCGGUGGGAACUCCGGGGAGGCCACUACGAGUCACUGCUAUCUGCACUGUUGCCUUCCAUUUAUCAGCAUUCUCCAAACGAUUCGAGUAGUCAAAGUAUCACGGCAACGAAUAACAAUUUGAAUAGUAAUAAUUUGAAUAACAAUAACAACCACAUGCAGCAACAGGGACAGCCUAUGCAAGAGCAUCUUAGCGAAAGCGGCACCAUCAGUCACGGGGCCAUUACCGCUCGGAAGUUAAAAGUAGCCGCGGCGUUACUCGAGGGGAUCGCUGCAGCAGGCGGAACCGUGCGCACAAAGGCUUUACAAGCGACGGGCUGGAAUCUUCUGUCGGAAACUUCUGCUGCCUUAAUAGCUGACGGGCGUCAAGAACCGAUCAUUGCAGAAGCUGUGAUCACCUUCUAUAAAGCAUGCGCCGAGGUAAUGCCCCUUCAAAAACUGGACCACGUCCUUGAUAGGUUGCUGGAAUCCACAGCAUCUUCGCCGGCAUUGGUCUACGAUACAACCGACCUGAAGCUUGAGCCAUAUCUCGAGGCUGUUUUGGAUCUCCUUAAAGUCGUUCUUGGGAGUCCGUCAAAAGGAAAUUUUUUCUUGGGCCGCAUUCUUGACUUAGCUUUGAGAUUAUGGCCCAAAGCAAGCGCUAGCCAGAGUAGCAACCUUCGACCAGCCCUUAUACAGCUUUUUCAUGAGGUGGUUUGCCAACAUUGGCGAUAUUUUUUUCCUGCAAACGUGGCUUCCUUGCUAUCUGCAUCGGGAAGCCCUGCCCUUGAUUCCGAGGUCGAACAUCGUGGAGAGCUCAUUGCUAUCAUGAAUGCAUACGGGUGUUGUCUACUUCAACAUAGCGACUUGGAAACAUUCGGAUUGGUUUUGAGUAGUCUGGGUGAACUUCAGAGGAAGUGGAAGCUCUUCCAACGGCCAAUCUUCCGAGUUGCUGCAGGCGAAAAUGAGUGCGGACUACUAGGGCAAUUUAUUGGAGUACUCCUGAGGUGUCUUUUACAAAGGAGCCACGAUCUUCUUCGAGAGGAAAUGCUUCACCUCGUUUUCGCAAUGGCUAGCACUAUGCCCUUCGAUGUUUUUCACCAGGGUUACCUUCCCCAGUUCCUGAUGCAGAUCGAAAGCCUUGACAACUAUCAACGGGAGCAGCUUGUGCGAGGAUUUCACCUACAAAGUGACCUUCCAUCAUUUGUCGAAAACCUAAACAGCUUCCUUACGGAUAUCCGGUACUAUGUUGUGUCCACCCAAACUCUGCCAGCUGCUUCCGUGGUGUUUUAAGAAAAUACGCCAUGCAAUUUUGCAUGAAUCGGUUCUGCCCUAGUCCCAAACAACGUUAUAUGGCAGUUAAACAAUACCCGGCGAGUAAUUAUGGAGGAUUGGUAUUCAACGCUGAAGUUAUUACACGUUCGUAACGUUGGCGUCAGGUACACAUAGUCUGUUUUGGAUUAGAAGAAAGAAGGCCAAGAACUAACGAAUAUGUAAAUUUCCGAACCAGAGUACAUGAUAUAGCAUCAAAAUCUAGACCGCACCGAUGUGAGCAGGAAUAAGACAUCCUUGUGCAUUUUUACGUCUAUCAACGUAAGUUGAUAUAGCGGAUUUCGUAAUCAUAUCGUCGAAAUAGUUAACACCAGUUUGAUUCUGGUAAUAGUUAUUCAUGUACAUGAAGUUCUAGUCUUAUUGGUAGUGCGUCUAUUGAUUAUGAAUACUGUAAUAAGUAUGCUAUUUUAUUAGUUUAACUGGUUUAAUAUUUAUAAUUACUAGAUGUGACUAGGUGGUGUUAAUAGAGAAUGUGUAUGCGUGCACGGAUGUUGUAUGUUUUGUGGCAUUCUCACUAGCACGUGACUGCCAAAUAUGAGAGGAUCAUGGAUGGGUACUUGAAAACAUGGACCGCUCGUGAGGAAACCGGAACUAUUGCAGUAGAGUCUGUAUAUAUUAUUAACGCUGUGUAAAAAAAGGGACAAAAAGAGACAACGAGGGAUUUUAUUCAGAAUCAUUUCCAGUUCUUAUUAGUACAUUUAUAAUCCGCAAAUGAAAGUAAAGACUCUGUGCAGAAUACAUGAUGAUUAUAUAGCGACGAUACACAAUAGGAGCUGCAAUGAUUACUUAGAUUACUCAUCUGAUAACUACAAUGAUAAUGUAAUAUUAACGGAAGCUUAAAUGCGAUAGAUACUUAAUACGCUAUAGACAGUAUAUAUUCAUAGGGUAUACAAAUGUAUCUAUCGGACUAGACCUUGCGCUUUAGGAAAUCAGCAGUAGUGGAAGUUGGUAUUCGUGGCCACUGGAUGACGGUGUACAGGUUCAUGGACAAAGGCAUUAUUAGUCAGUCAAAUGAUAAAAUGCUUUUACCGCCGUAACACUGGUACAGCUGUUAUUAACAGCUCUCUUAUUCUCUGCAAUGUUAUGUGCUUAAGCUUAACAUUGCAAACUUGGACGGACAUACAAUAUGUUUGUUAGAAAUAAAAAACACUAACUACAACGUAAAAGCACCGCUCUGAUUUUCACGAUGAAGACAGGGCUGGCCAUUUGUAAACGUUAUUACGAAGUAAGAUAAAAUGCAUCGAUAUUUGAUUCAAAUUUGAAAUAAGCAAAAUUUGAUUCACUUGUAAAAUUUAGUCUGCGCGUAGAUUAUGUACGUCUGUUUAUGGCUAUGUAAGCCUACAUUAUGGUGAAAACUGGAGUACAAAGGCAAACCGGUAACUUUAAUUGUCCAUUGUGCUUUGAGCUGAGCUUAAGUUAUGAGUGACUAUAUAAAAGACAAUGGAAAUUUAGGCUGAUUUUCAUGCUGGUUAAUUUAUUAAAUUUUACAUACAGCAAGCUUUACAAUUACAUUGCUUAAGAAAUCUUAAUAAAAACAACAUUGAAGCGUUGCAGAAUUUAAUACGGAAUUAAUACCAAAUUUGAAGUUUAUUCAUAGUGGCAAUGCUAUUAAUGGUAGUAACAUAAAUCUUUCCAUUAUAAUUUAUCUAGCGCAAAGGCACUGUUGUUGUUGUUUGUUGUCAUAAAAGGUACGUGAAAAGGCAGAUUGGUAGGAAACAUAAAUUCAGCUCUACCGCUUAGCUUCCCAUUUCGAUAAAACAAAAUAGGAGAAGAUCACAGAAAAAUAUUCAGUCAGUGACGUGCAGAUGUUAGCAUAAGUGAGAUGUUUGUUAUAUGAUUCAGGCUAUAAUUGAGGCUAAAUAAUAAAAUUAAAAAAAAGAGAUUGCUUUAAACAGGAAUCAGAUCAGAAGCGGGUCCAGGACUCAUGCUCCGUCCGCACACAAAUAAGCAAAACGUUAAAGCCUAUUCGAUCGCAGGGUUCAGAUAAAAACCUUCACGACACGGUGAAAUUCUAAAUCGAUUAAAAUGAUGAACGGCGUGGUAGCUGGAAACGUUCCCAAGGGAUUGGUCGUAUAUUUUUAACGAUGUCAAAUGCCCAAAGAUUAAGAUCUAAUAUUUCAUCUCUUACGAUGAACUUGGCUAUGGGUUUUUUUUACAUGCGCCGAUAUCAUUAUUAUACAAUAGACGUAUUUGUGCAACCGAGAAGACCUACUACCGGAAGAGAACACGAGGCGUUGAAUCGAUUUGUGUCCGGUGAUCUUAGCGUUAUUCGCACGAGUUAUGAUAACGCAAUCGUGGUAAACAUAGAUUUUCUACUUUACCGUCGUAUGGUAUUGCGGGUUAACGUAGCAUCUUAAAGAAACGCGUCACUUGUAUGAAUGACUGAUCAUAUGUUAGCUACUUACGAAUCGAUUUUCCGCCCCAGUUUUUACGUAUUAAAAUCGCAUAUCAGAAAAUGCAACAAGAUUAUCUUUUUUUGAUAACACAAGCACUGCAGAAUAGAUAUUUCAUCAGUGGUUAACAAUCUAUCAUAAACAGCUCAUUACGCAGGUCAGGUACGAACGGGAGUAAAGACGUAUGAUAUUCAGCAUGAAUAUAUGUUGAUAACAGGGUUAGGUUGUUGGUUCAGUUUAUAUUUGUGGCCAGUAUAAAGUUACGCGGUAAGUAGUACAUAACAAUAGAUCAAUUAUUGUUCACUGUGGCCAUACAAAAUUAUCUGUAAAGAGACACAAUUGCAGACGAUUCCUGAAAUCGACAUGUGUACAGGUUAUAAAAGCAUUCGUGAAAACAUGCCUGUUAUUUUUCUGUUACGUUAUGUAUAGAAACAGUAACGGAGAACUGUGGCUCAAUUAGUAAUGCCAAUAUGAUAGUAACUGGGUUUGAUUUCUGAUGCGAAGCAAAUAAAUAAAUGUUGUCAUUUUUGUGAUUAACGGUG